AAGAGCCUGAAGUAAGAAGAGGGCGGUGCCGUCCUCCGUGUCCUGGUCCCACACCCGAGAAAGGGGAUGUGGGCAGGCCUACGUCUGUCCUUCUCGCUGCACUUGGGAGCUCCCGAUCGGGGACAGUGAUGCUGAGGUCUCACGUCCAGAGCGCGGCCUCCUCCAUCGGGCCUCCAAGGUCACUCUUUCUCAGUGACUGUUACUGAGCACUGCAGCCACCACUUCUAAAACACUACUGUCACCUGCCCUGGGCAGUGUCUUCUAGUCAUCUCAGCUGCAGCUGGCACCAAGACCUUCCUCACACCCCAAAACAAGGCAUCAAAACCCAGCUGAGAAUGUGUGUGUAAGAUGCAAGCUGGACGUAGUAGAAGACUCUGCGCCCCGCCCCGCGUCCUUGGACCAUGAAGGUCCUGGAUGAGAGUCUCUUCUGGAUGCUGCUUCCUUUCUUCCACUUGAUAGCCAGCGCCGCCGAGCACGAGGAGGUAGCCAAGCAUGCCAUCAAGUUACACCGAGGGAAGGGCGCCGCCACCACCCAGAGGAGGCAGUGGGUCCUAGACAGCUGCAGGAGGCUUACCGGGCUCCUGCGGCAGAAGAACGUCGUCCUGAACAAACUGAAGAACGCCAUCCGGGCGGUGGAGAAGGACGCUAGCCUGUCGGGGGAAGAGAAGCUCUUCCAGGUGCACACAUUCGAAAUUUUCCAGAAAGAACUGAAUGAAAGUGAAAAUUCCGUCUUCCAGGCCAUCUAUGGAUUGCAGAGAGCCCUGCAGGGGGAUUACAGAGAUGUGGUCAACAUGAAAGAAAGCAGCAAGCAACGUCUGGAGGCUCUGAGGGAGGCUGCCAUUAAGGAAGAGACAGAAUAUGUGGAACUUCUUGCUGCAGAGAAACACCAAGUGGAGGCCCUUAAAAACAUGCAGCAUCAAAACAAGAGUCUAUCCAUGCUUGACGAGAUCCUUGAAGACGUGAGGAGAGCUGCGGACCGUCUGGAGGAGGAGAUAGAGGAGCAUGCCUUUGACGACAAUAAAUCAGUCAAAGGAGUCAACUUUGAGGCAGUUUUGAGAGUGGAGGAAGAGGAGGCCAGUUCCAAGCAGAACAUCACAAAGCGGGAAGUGGAGGACGGCCUGGGCCUCAGCAUGCUCAUCGACUCCCAGAAUAACCAGUAUAUUCUGACAAAGCCCCGAGACUCGACUAUCCCACGCGCAGACCGCCACUUCAUAAAGGACAUCGUGACCAUAGGAAUGCUCUCCUUACCUUGUGGCUGGCUAUGUACAACAAUAGGAUUACCUACGAUGUUUGGGUAUAUAAUUUGUGGUGUGCUUCUGGGGCCUUCAGGACUGAACAGUAUUAAGUCCAUUGUGCAGGUGGAGACGCUGGGAGAAUUUGGGGUCUUCUUCACCCUGUUUCUUGUUGGCCUGGAGUUUUCUCCAGAGAAGCUGAGAAAGGUGUGGAGGAUAUCUUUACAAGGACCUUGCUAUAUGACACUACUGAUGAUUGCCUUUGGCUUGUGGUGGGGACACCUCCUGCGGAUCAGACCCACUCAGAGUGUCUUCAUUUCCACCUGUUUGUCCUUAUCCAGUACACCCCUGGUGUCCAGGUUCCUCAUGGGCAGUGCCCGGAAUGAUAAAGAAGCAGGUGACAUCGACUACAGCACAGUGCUGCUUGGCAUGCUGGUGAUGCAGGAUGUGCAGCUGGGGCUGUUCAUUGCCGUCAUGCCAACGCUCAUCCAGGCAGGAGCAAGCACAUCUUCCAGCAUUGUCAUGGAAGUACUGAGGAUCCUGUUUCUGAUUGGACAAAUUCUCUUCUCGCUAGCUGCUGUUUUUCUUCUGUGUCUGAUCAUAAAGACUUAUCUCAUAGGACCGUAUCACCGAAAGCUGCGUGUGGAGAGCAAAGGCAGCAAAGAAAUCCUCAUCCUGGGAGUAUCCGCUUUCAUCUUCCUGAUGUUGACGGUCACAGAGCUGCUGGACGUCUCUAUGGAGCUUGGCUGCUUCCUGGCUGGAGCACUGGUCUCUUCACAAGGGCACGUGGUCACAGAGGAGAUCAUGGCUUACAUCGAGCCUAUCCGGGACUUCCUGGCCAUCAUCUUCUUCGCAUCCAUAGUUUGUAUUGGCAGUGUUGGUCUUGUCUCUCAUCUUGCCAAGGAGCAGCCAGUACAUCAAGUGGAUUGUCUCAGCGGGACUGGCCCAGGUCAGCGAGUUCUCCUUUGUUCUGGGGAGUCGAGCACGCAGAGCGGGCAUCAUCUCGAGAGAGGUGUACCUCCUCAUUCUAAGUGUGACCACACUGAGCCUCUUACUUGCUCCAGUGCUGUGGAAAGCGGCUAUUACAAAGUGUGUGCCAAGACCAGAGAGGAGGUCAAGUCUCUGACAGCACCAGAUGCCGAUGGACCGUGGGCUGGGGGUCGGGAGUUUGGAGUCCUGAGAUGGUCUGUUGCUGCACUGUCCGUCCUGCUGGCCUGCCAUCAGAGACAGAGCAGCACCCACAAAGAGGCAGCGUCAUGUUUGCUUGCAUUUUCAAAAACUCUCCUGUCGUGUUUUUCCGGAGUAAUUUAUUUGCAGUCAGUUGAUUAUGUACAGAGUUUUGACACUGCAUUUUACAGCCACCUGAGCUAUUUUGCCUGGAUGUGCCUUUUCUUAAUGAAGAUUAUUAACUUCCUAUUGUUAAUUCAUCAGCCCAUGAGUUUUUGGUAAAGAAGAAAAAUUAGGAAGUCUUUUUAUUUAUUGCACAAUUACAAUCUGUUGGUCAAAUAUUUGUCAUUAAACAUAAUGGUGAUAUGAGAUUUUAAUUUUAUUUUUGAGCUUGGAAGCUUACUUUUGGUCUUUAAAGACUUACUGUUCUCUUGCCUCUUGUAACUAUUUUAAAUAAAACAGUUUCAUGUUGA